GAAAUUUAUUCACAGAUCAGUGCACUCGGACAAAUGCGACUACGCAUGCCCCAUAUGUCCGUACCGAGGCAAGCAGCAGGCAUAUCUGACGUUGCACAUGCGAGUGCAUACUGGUGAAAGGCCAUACCUUUGUUCCAUGUGUCCCGCCAAGUUUGUCAACACGAGUAAUUUAAGAAAACACCAACUAAUACAUUUUAAUAAGAAAUACCAGUGUUCAAGAUGCAACAAGCAGUUUAGAAUGGAGAAGUCUCUAGAGGAACAUUACAACGCAGCACAUUUACAUAUGCGAUAUAGGUGCUCGAUAUGCGGCAGAUAUCUAUGGACUAGGAGAAAACUGUUAAGCCACGAGCUAAGAGUACACAAUAGGGAGAAGGGAAAAUUGUUCUCUGAAGCAUAUAAAGUUAUUGUGAAUGAAGAAAAUGAAUGACACAUUAAGCUAAAUGAUCAUAAAGGUGAAUACACACUCGUCCGCGCCGGAAGAAUAGAAUUUUAGAAUUCGUUAUAUGUACGAAACAUCCAACACUUAUCCGCGGCGAAUCAGACGAAUCGCCGGAACAAUGGGGAAGAUACCUUCAUUCCAGACGAAUUCGGCCACGUGAAAAAAUUCGGCGUGGACAAUGCCCACAUUCUCUACCUUUUUUUUUUAAAUUAUUGCUGGCCUUGGAAACAAAGUCCUUCAGCCGAAAACAUAAACGUUUAAUUAUAUUUCUGUAAAUAUGGCCACCACAAAGAGG